AUGUAUUCUAUCAAUCAUCAACUAUUCAACCAGGACAUCUUCAACAAGCAUCGGAAUAAUCAUGACCAAGAAGAAGAUCCUCCAGGAAUUAUAGGGAAUAUUGCUGGUGAUGUUUCAGGUGUAAUUGACCCUCCUUCAACUUCAAGUUCAACUUCAACUGGCGCUGGUGGUAAUCAAACAGGAGGUAUUGGUUCUUUAAAUCAAUAUCCAAGAAAAAAUUCUAUAUUUGAUCAUGCUAAUUUCCAAAUGACUUCUCCAACUUCAAAAUAUUCUUCAAUAGAUGGUAAUAAUUUUAAUAAUUCUUUAACCAAGAGUUUAUCUAUGAAUAAUUCUGAUGAUCCUUUUGAACUGAAUUCAAGUAUUUGGAAUUCAAAUAAUCAACAACAACAACAACAACAAGGUCAUCAAACUACCCAAGCUGCUCCUCAAGGUCAAAAAUUUCAUUCAAUUUCUGCUUCUUCAACUUCCCCAGGUUUCAAUUUGAAUUCUCAAAUUGGUGUUAAUCAAAGAAGAGCUUCUUAUAAUGAUUAUAUUCAACCAAAUCAACAAAAAUUCAAUUCAAAUUACACUAUUUGGUCAAAUAAUAACAGUCUUGAUGAAUAUACAACUAAUUUAAUGUUGCAGCAUCAAGCUCAACAACAGGCACAGCAACAAGCACAACAACAACAACAAUUUCAAUUUCAACAACAAUUCCAUGGUGAUUCUGGAUUUUUAUUAUCUCCAAGACGUGAUUCUUAUAAUUCAAACUCUUUAGAUUCUCCAGGUUUUUUACCACAAUCUUUAAUUAAUCAAAAUUCAAAUCAAGGUUCUUUUGAUUUAGAUGAACAAUUUCAAAAUACAAAUUUAGGUCAACAACAACAUCAACAACAUCAACAACAUCAACAUCAACAAAUUAAUGAAACUACUCCAUUAUAUACAAAUGCUUAUCAAUCUGUUGAUUUUUAUUUCACAAAUGAUUAUUAUAAUCGUGUUUCAAUUAAAGAUUAUUCAAUUGAAGAAAUGAAUUCAACUUUAGAAAAAUUGGUUUCUUCAGGUAUUAAAAAUGCUCAAUUACCAAGAUUUUCUGGUUCUUCAUUACCAAGUACUCAAUUAAUCUUAAUUGCAUUUAAAGCUGGUAGAGUUGAUGUUUUUUAUUUACCUGAUAAUUCACCAUUAAUCUUGAAAAUUGGUGAUUUAGUUGUUGUUGAAGCUGAUCGUGGUCAAGAUUUAGGUAAAAUUGUUAAAAAAGAUGUUUCCAUAGAUGAAGCUAGAUUAUUAAAGUAUUUACAACAUCAAGAACAACAAGCUGCUUUAGCUUCAUUUGAUCAAUCCGGUUCUGUUUCAAGUUCAAAUGGAUUAAACUCUUCACCACCACCAACUUCAUUAACUCAAGAUUCUGUUUCACCACCUCCAACUUCAUCAUCACAACAACAACAAAAUUCAUCAAAUGUACCAACUUUACAUUUCCCAAAACCAAUUGUUCGUUUUGCAAUGCCUCAAGAAGUUUAUCAAAUUGUUAAUAAACAAAAUGAUGAAGAAAAGGCUAAAAAAAUUUGUCAAUUAAAAAUUUCUUCAUCAAAUUUAUUAAUGAAUGUUAUUGAUGCAGAAUAUCAAUGGGAUCGUCGUAAAUUAACAUUUUAUUAUAAUGCAAUUCAUAGAAUUGAUUUUAGAGAUUUAGUUAGAGAAUUAUUUAGAAUUUAUAAAACAAGAAUUUGGAUGUGUGCAGUUGGUUCUGAUGUUAAAGAUAAUUCUCAACAACAAGUUUCACAAAACCAAACAGCUACAGCUAUACCAUCAUCAGAUAUCAAUGGAUUGAAUCAUGGUUUUAAUUGGAUGGAUAAAAGAGAUGUUAAUAUGUUUAUUCCAAGACAAUUUAAUGAUCAGGGAAAUUAA